CCAGACGGUAAUAAGACUCCUUGAGAGACGUGUCUCACGCGUCACAGGGCUAGAGAGUGCUUGACGAGACUACUACCAUGUGUGCGGUCUAUCAUAAGUUGGCAUCAUCGCUUUGACUAGUUUGAGCAAUAUCGACGCGUGUCGUCGGGUUGUGUUGGUGUCUUGUAUUUUUACCCCAGCACAUCGAUUUCCUCGGCUUCGGAAGACCUGGCUCGGCCCUUGACGUGGAGUAGAAUCCUCAGGUUUGGCGAGAGCUAGCUUUGCGAAGAGCUGUCGAAAUCCUGCUGUCGACAAUGGCUUUCUCGAGAGUUGUGAUUCUACUUUGUAUCGUGGCAGUUGCACUUGCUAGUAAACACAAAACAAAGCAUCAGCAGAUCAAAGCUGCAAGGCACGAGAUUAGAAAUGCGAAGAAAGCCUUGGAGUCGCUGACGUACACAAAAGAGGAGCAGAUCUACAGCAUUGACGGGUACCAGGAGGAAAAUGAGGAGAGCGUGAAUGACGUCAGUGACAAGUGCCACACCUUGCAGUGUCCACCGGGCGAGACCUGCUAUGUGGACGGCAAUGGCGCCCCCUACUGCGACUGCGUGGAGUUGUGUCCCGAGGAGGAGAAUGACCCGUUCAUCCAAGUCUGCAGCACCACCAACGUGACCUACCGCAGCCAGUGUGAGCUCUACCGGCUCCGCUGUGCCAACCCAACAGAGAUGGAUGUGGAGCAGCUCGAUUAUUUUGGCCCCUGCAAAAUCAUGGAGCAGUGCAACCCGGCCGACCUGGUCAUGUUCCCGGAGCGCAUGCGCACCUGGUUCUUCGAGGUCAUGAAGGAGCUGUCAGGGUGGGCUGAGCAAGAGGGCGGACUGGACGAGGAGGAGCGCAGAGUGGAGAAGGAGGCUGAGGCGGAGACUAAGCCCUGGCGACGCCCCCUGCACUGGAAGUUCUUCAACAUGGACAUUGCACCGAACGACUUCCACUUGAGCACAGCAGAGCUGAAGCCCAUGCGGGCCCAGCUCCUUCCCAUGGAGCCUUGCACCGAUGCCUUCAUUGCCAGCUGCGACACCAACGACGACGACCUGAUCUCUAUCGUGGAGUGGGGCAAGUGCAUGGGACUGAAUGAUGAUGAGAUCUUGUAUUAGACUACGGUUGAUUGACUCAGAGAUAAAGAAAGCGUGCUACCUUGCUGUACAACUCAAGAUCAUGGUGCUACUUUUUCAAUCCGUCUUCCUUUUGCCAACUGUUUUGGUAAAUUUAGAACAAAACUAAAUCAUGUUGUUGAUGCAUGUGAGAAACUGGUCAGUGGUUUUGAGAGAAAACCUGAACUAGAUUUUGACGUAAUAACUCCUGCACAUAUCGCAUAGUUAUUAUAUUUUGGUGCUUGAAUUAUCAAGAUUACACAUACCUCGUUACUGAUUUCAAUGUUCAUAUUUGAACACAUCGUGCCUUGAAUUCUUGUUAGUGUAUAUAAAUAAUGGUUGCAGAUCGUAGCCUGUUCACUGCCAGUUUUAUCAACAGUUGCCACUUUUUUUUUUUUACCAACCAUUGUUUACAAUUUCUGGAAAGCUGUAGAUAUUCGGUUGCAGGCUGCCUCUGUCCCUUCUUGAUGAUUGACGUAAACCUGAUUAUGUGCCUGUAAUAACUGUAUCCUGUGUUUUUUUUUUCAGUCAGGCAGAUACCAUGUAAAUCACUGCAAAUCGUGGCUUUUUUCAUUCACUAAGCAAA